CGCACGCCGCAGAUCGUCCUCUGCGUCCCUCAGGCGUGCACGCCUGUCACGAGGAUAACAUCGUUUACUCUGCAAUUUACCAUGAUGUGGACAACGUUGAUCGCAGGGCUCAUCUUACUAUCGGCGAUACCGCCCGGUCUUCCACGAAGCAUCUACGAUGUUGAAGGCCGAUCGAAGCGCAGUAUCGACCUGAACGAUGUCUACUACUCGAAAAUGCGUCAAUUCAGAUUACCAAACGAAGUUACGGCGACUAGUUAUCACUUGGAUAUCAAGAUACCUUCCAUCGAAAAAAAUGAAUUCAGCGGUCACGUCAAGAUCAACCUCACCUGGAAAGACACCAGCGAUAGAAUAACUCUAAACAUUCAUCAAAAUCUUGAGAUCUCGAAGGUCGGCAUCAGGAUGAUUCAACUACCGCCCGAUGAAGCGGAGAAGGGUACACCGAUGAAGGUUAAUAUCGCAAGAAAAGAACGACAAAGAUUUAAAUCCUGGUACAUCAUUCAUUUAGAGCAAAUGCUAAAGAAUGGAAGUGCCUGCGAGGUAGCCAUCACGUACUAUGGAAAUCUCACGACAAAUGAGACUACUGGUCUCUACAAAAGCGCAUAUAUGGAUAUCACGGGCCAAAAACACCCCUUCAUCGCCACUUAUUUACAAUUAGAUAACGCGCAGAAGAUGUUUCCCUGCAUGGAUGAACCGCCCUACAAAGCGACUUUCAAAUUAAGAGUAUCGUAUCCCAUAAUGCAAAGUUUCAAAGCGCGUACAAACACACCAUUGAUUUCCCGACGCACGAUCAACAACUCGAUCGAGGAAGAAUUUGAAGAAACACCAGUAAUGUCGACAAACCAAUUGGCUCUUGUAAUAUCGGACUUAGAGACCCUUUUCCCCGGAGAAAACGUAAACGAGAUAGACGGACGGAAAUUGCAAGUGAGGGUUUGGGGCCGCAAGGAAUUCCUGGUGUCGCUGACUGAAGUUCCCAACAAAAUUGUGAAGAUCGUUAAUUAUUUGCAAAAUUAUUUUAACAGCUCCCUCGGUUUACCCAAAUUGGAUAUGAUGGCGAUUCCCAUGUAUAGUGCUUCUAAAGCUUCUGACAAUUGGGGUCUCAUGUUCUUCAAGGAAAGUGAACUCAGCAGUCCUUUAGUGUGGACCACUGCUUACGAACUUUUCUAUCAAUGGAUCGGUCAAUCUGUCACUCCGUAUCGUCGAAAUGAUGCACCGGUUAACAAAGCUCUUAAUUCGUAUUUAGCAUCUAUGGCGACACUUGAUCUCAAUCCGGAUGAAAUGGAAGGAAAAUGGCCGAUGACAGUGUUGUAUUCUCUGUAUUACGAAUUUGCACAGACGGCACCUUUCUCUAGAGUAGCCGGGAUUAGACACGAAGCAACAUGGACUAAAGCCGAGUUGGUUUUCCGAAUGUUUAAUUACACCUUUGGUCACGAACUGUUCCAGAAGAGCGUGAGAAAUUUCUUCCAUCAGCAGUCGAAAGAGGACCGCCGAACCUUCUUCGCCAACGACAUCUUCACUUACCUGAACGACUUGGCGAACGAAACGAACAAUCUGCCGCCAGGUCUGACCAUCAAUGGCAUCGCCGCAUCAUGGAUCAACCGAGACCGAGUGCCGUUGGUCACGGUCAUUCGUGAUUACGAAACUAGAAAAAUUAAUCUCAGUCAGGUAAGUUAGACAAAAGUGUUAUUUUC